AUGCCAUCGACCAUUUUUACUACAAAACCCAAAUCGGUUAAAUUUGAAGAGAAAAGACAAUCAGUGGGUAAGCUUCAAUGUCAAGUUGUUCUUUUAGACAAUUCGCUUUUCGUGGCGACAUUUGAGAGAAAGUCAACAAAAGGACAAGAGCUUUUCGACCGCGUUUGUGAAAAACUGUCGCUGCCGCCAAAUGGGAGGAACCACUUCGGCCUGCAAUUUGUUGACGGGGUUGAUGGAGAACUAACGUGGUUGGAUUUCGACAGACAAGUAAGACCACAGCGUAAAAAACCUUACUCCUUUCAAUUUGCAGUCAAAUUUUAUCCGUCUGAUGUAAGCAGUGUGCCCAACGAAGUUCUUGACCUUUUGGUUUUACAAAUCAAAGAUUCCCUGAUUCGAGGGAAAUUUGUUACCUCCGUCAAUGAACACGCUAUCUUGGAUGGCUUCUUUGCCCAAGCUAUUCUGGGUGAUUUUAAACCCAAGAUUCACAAACGUGGAUAUUUAGAGGACUUAUUGGGAUCAUUUUUCGCCCAGCCUAAUGGGAUAAACUCGGACUAUGAAAUAAGCGAAGAUAAAUAUGAAACUAUGGUUCAUACUUUGCAUCGUUCGCACAAGGGACUGACGACUUGCGAAGCGAAACUGGGUUUUUUAGAGAUCGCCAAAAGUCUUCCCUUCUACGGUAUGUCGUUACACCAUGGGGCAACGGAUAACAACGGGAACGCAGUUCUGUUAGCUAUUUGCAACACGGGACUUCUUGUCCUCGCUGUAGACAACUUUGGAAUCCCCGGAAAUACGAUUGAAAACUUCCCUUGGCACGAGAUUAUCACAAUGGUUGAUCAGAACAGGAAAUUAUAUGUUGUUGUUUACUCUGAGGAAAGAAAAGAUGGAGGGAGUUUUUCGUACAGAUUUCACGGUCAUUUCGGUCACAAGGCCGCCCAUAGAGUAGUCAACGAUGCUUUGGAGUAUCAGGCGUUUUACUACAAGCCGGAGAAAAAGUUAGUGCGACGAAGCAAGUCCUUUGGAGAGGUCGAUUCUCAUUUGGUGAAUGUCGGGCAGUUUCAGAGGAACGACCGAAAGUACGCAACCACAACAGGGAAGAUUCGUAGCCGUGGUUCCUUAAAGAAAUUCACAGAUUCUAUUAAGAGAAAGAUGCCACGGAGACAGAGAAGUGUAAAGCUGUCAAAUUCAGCCAUCGAGGACAGUCCUGCUUCAAACAGCCAAGAUACCAGCACCACAAGUUCAAUGACCUAUGUGUAA